AUGUUUAGUGGGAACUAUGUAGAAAAUCAACUAGAAAAAAUUAUUGUUGAUACAUUAGAUCCAGAUACUAUGGAAAUUAUAUUGAAAUACAUGAAAAUAGGUCUAAUAGAUCUUUCAGAAUAUUCUUUAAACACCAUUGGGGAUAUAGCAGUUGCUGCAAGCUUUUUACAAGUCACAGAGCUAAUAAAGCAGAUUGAAUAUACCCUAGAUCUUCAACUCUCAGUGUCUAAUUGGAUUGAAAUUAUGUCAAUAGCUGAGCAGUGCGCAUACAAUAAUUUAGAAAAAAUAGCUAUUAUGCAUGGCCUUUUAUCAUUUAAAGAUUUAAAGCCCAACUAUAUUCCAACAAUACAUAUGCUUGCCUGGUAUCUGUCACACCCAUUUCUAGACUCAGAGAGUGAGGCAGAUAUAUUUAAAUUUGGGUACCAAUGGCUAUUGCAUCAUGAGACAGGUGCUGAUGCUUUGCUAGUAAUUCUUGGGUGUUUAGAUCUCAGAAGAAUCACUAUACUGGACAUAAAAGAAAUACAGGAUUUCAUGAAGGACUUUGAAAAUAGCUUAGCAGCUAAAGUCAUUGACUGUUUAGAGUAUUUAAUUGAUAAUAAAUUAGAAAUAUCAUGUGAAAGCUUACAUAAUCAUAAAACUGCAAUUUGUGAAACAUUUACAGAGAGGGUGUACAAUGAAAUUUUUAAUGCAAUUAAAAGUGGCAUUGCCCGGAAAUUGACUUACACACCAAUAGUACCACUUUGGAUUUUAAAGGGCUCGAAGCCAGAGUUUUUACCACAUUAUUUGUACUCUUUUACACCUGAAAAUAAAUUUCAACAGUGGCUGGAAGUAGCUGAGAAAAACUUAUGGGGCUGGAGUAUAGUUUCUUGGGGGCCAAGCAAAAUAGUACUUGUCGGUGGGGAGCAUGGACGGGGUACUGGGUUGUUUAUGAGAGAUAUUAAAGUCUAUGAUACAUUAAGAAAAGAAUGGAUACAGCAUGGUGUACUGCUUCCACAUCAACGACAUUCUGGGUGUGUGGUUGUUGGUGAUGAUCUGUACAUUAUUGGAGGUGUGGGUGUGUUUAGGGUAGUUCGAGACACAGCAAUUAUAUAUAACUUGAAAGAGAGAUCAUUCAGGAAAAUUGCAAAGUUUCCUGAUGCAAUGCAAAAUCCAGCCACAUGUUUGCACAAUGAUGCGGUAUACGCUGCAGGACAUAAAAAUAUUUAUAAAUAUGAAGACCAGGGAGAUGGAAAAGAUCUCUGGGAGACAGUAAGUUAUUUCAGCAAUCUAUACAGAUUUAGACCUGGUAUAGAUAAGAAAUUGGAAUUAAUUACUUAUUUUUCCAGUCCUCCCUCAACACUGUGCAAUAUGCGCGACAAUCUUCUAGCAUUUACCAGAACACUAUCAGAUGUAACAUCAGUAGAAGAAUUCAGAGGCGAAACUAAUGACGAAAAGCCCAAAGUGAUAUAUUCUGAGGCCGACACGAUACGGGUAAAUGAAGUAUCGGGAUCGUGUGUAAUAAUCUCAGAAGCGCCACCUACCGACUGGAAACUGUCGGCCUAUCUUAAAAGUUAUGUACAACAUUAUACUAAUUGA